CUCUAGCUAUACUCUUUGAGGAUAUCGACACAACAGUGGAACCGAAGAUAAGAAACAGCAGAAGACUUUUCAAGUAUGGGGAGAAAAGUUACUCUAGCAACAUGUACUCUUAAUCAGUGGGCAAUGGAUUUUGAUGGAAACCUAAAACGUAUAUUGCAAAGUAUCAAGUUGGCAAAAGAAAAGGGUGCAAGAUACAGGCUAGGACCAGAGCUUGAAAUAAGUGGAUAUGGUUGUGGAGAUCAUUUCUUUGAAUCAGACACCUGUCUGCAUUCUCUGCAAGUUCUUGCAGAGCUUUUGAAAUCCCCCAUUACCGAAGACAUCAUCUGUGAAACAGGAAUGCCGAUAGUUCACAAGAAUGUGAGGUAUAACUGUAGAGUGAUAUUUCUGAACAAAAAAAUCCUUCUUAUCCGACCAAAAAUGGCAUUGUGUAACCAUGGAAACUAUCGAGAGCUUCGUUGGUUUACACCUUGGAGUAAACUCAAACAAGUUGAGGACUUUUAUCUUCCACAAAUUCUAAGGGAUAUAACAGGACAGAAAAGUGUGCCAUUUGGUAUGGGAGUGUUAUCAACACAAGAUACAUGUAUCGCUCCUGAAAUCUGUGAAGAAUUAUGGGCGGCUGAAAGCCCACAUGUUUCAAUGAGUCUAGAUGGUGUUGAGAUCUUCACAAAUGCCAGUGGAAGUCAUCAUGAACUACGGAAGCAGUUUGAAAGACAUGACCUUCUGAAGACAGCAAUGAUGAAGUGUGGUGGCGUAUAUGUAUAUUCAAACCUCCGUGGCUGUGAUGGAGAACGUGUGUACUACGAUGGAGGAUCUUGUAUAUGCAUCAACGGAAACAUAGUAGUCGUUGGCAAUCAGUUUGGCAUCUCUGAAGUGGAAGUGGAUGUAGCUACCAUGGAUUUAGAAGAUGUACGCUCUUAUAAAGCUGAAAUCAGCAGUCGUUCCAAGCAGGCUGCUCGAUCUGAAAGCUAUCCAAGGGUUUUUGUUGAGUUUUCUCUGUCGAGGCCUGGAGAUCACUUACUUCCAACAACUGAACAUAUUGCCUACAGAUACCACACAGUAGAGGAGGAGAUCACUCUAGGCCCAGCUUGUUGGCUUUGGGAUUACUUACGAAGGAGUAAGCAGGGUGGAUUCUUUUUACCUUUAAGUGGAGGAAUUGAUAGUUCAUCUACAGCAUGCCUCGUAGCGUCCAUGUGUCAUUUGGUUUGUAAAUCAGUUGCUGAUGGAAAUUUGGAAGCUUUGCGGGAUGUACAAAAAGUCACUGGUGAUGCAAGCUACAUCCCAAUAGAACCACGAGAACUGGCCAGUCGGAUUUUUGUAACAUGCUACAUGGGAAGCGUCAACUCUUCCAUGGAGACUUGUACACGGGCGCGGAUGCUGGCUAAUCAGAUAGGAAGUGAUCAUAAGUCCAUCAAAAUUGAUACAAUGGUCAAAGCAGCAACAGACAUUUUCGUUGAGGCCACAGGGAAGGAGCCACAGUUCAAAUGUCAUGGUGGAUGUGCAAGAGAGAACUUAGCUCUUCAAAAUAUUCAGGCUCGCAGUAGGAUGGUGAUGUCAUAUUUCCUUGCUCAGCUGAGUCUCUGGUCUAAAGGUCGCCCUGGUGGUUUGCUAGUUCUGGGAUCAGGCAAUGUGGAUGAAUGUUUGCGUGGCUAUCUGACAAAAUAUGACUGCUCGAGCGCUGACAUCAACCCGAUUGGUGGAAUCAGUAAAACCGAUCUUAGGGGUUUUAUCCUCUAUGCCAAAGAUAAAUUCAAUCUUACUGCGUUAGACAGUAUAAUUAAAGCACCCCCAACUGCUGAGCUUGAACCAUUAUCUAAUGGAGAAAUAGCACAAACAGAUGAAAUGGAUAUGGGAAUGACGUAUGAAGAACUGUCAUUGUUUGGACGUCUUCGUAAGAUGUCUCUAUGUGGACCCUAUAGUAUGUUUCUCAAGCUUGUGCAUAAAUGGAAGGACACUGUUACACCAUCUCAGGUUGCCGAUAAAGUGAAGCAUUUUUUCCGCUCAUACUCAAUCAAUCGUCACAAAAUGACCGUAAUGACACCAUCCUACCAUGCUGAAUCCUACAGUCCCGACGAUAAUCGUUUUGAUUUACGACAAUUUCUAUACAAUCCAUCUUGGUUAUGGCAAUUCCGGUGCAUAAAUCAUGAGGUCCAAUUGAUUGAGAAAUCCCCUGGAAUUAAAAGCACUCAGAGUGGAUCACAGAGAAUCCCAAAUUUUGCAGAUGACAUAGGAAAAAACACAAAGAAUAAACAGACGCUAACACCAAGUCCUGGAAAGAGUGGUUCCAGCCAACAAAAGCGAAAGGGUAUAGUAGUGGCAUCAAACAAAUCAGAAUCAAAUUCAAUGGAUAGCAAACCUAACACACUGCUCGCUCAUCAUAUUACUUGUGUUGACAAAACUGUUACUUCUGACGGGCGUUGGGGUAUUUCGGAUCCAGAUACAGUUGGGUUUGAUGAAUGUGGGGCUCAUUCUAACUGUUGGUACCAAAAGGAAAACAACAAGCAAACUGAUUUUAGAUACAAAAACGCAUCUAGGAAAAGGCACUCAAGAGAUUUGCUACAAGGAGAGCCAUGUAAAAAACAACGAAAUCUCAAUAAUUUUACCUCCAAGAUAUCAGCAGUAGGAAGUAGUGUUGGGGGUUGGUUUAAAAAAAUUACUACUUGAAUUGAUAAUUAAUAGAUCAUAGAAAUUUUUUUAAAUAGGU